AAUAUAAAUUACUCUUAUGAUAUACUUACUCCAUAUACUAAUUAAAUCUAUUUACUACCGAUUUAUUCAUGUCAGGGAAAAGUAAGAAAAAAGUUGACACCCAUUUUUUGGUAAGGGAAUCCAGGUCAUCCUUACCAAAAGACAAGUUUGCUACAAAGGAAAAGGUUCUGCAAUACUUCUUGCAUUUGAAGGAGAAGUACCCAAAACAAAAAGAAAGUAGAAUUAUCCACUGUUCAUUGACAAAAAACUUUGAAAUCAGCUGCCAUAAUGAAAAACAUAUUUGCUGCACUCUUUCAAAGUUAAUUACACCUUGGUUGAAGGGUGGAUUUCAGAUUUUACAAUUACAAUCAAUUAGUAUAAAGAUAGAGAAGCUGAUCCGAACCUGAAAACUGUUAAAAAAAAACAAAGCAAGACAAACUUUAUCAGAGAUUGAAAAAAGGAGGAGGUUUUUAACUCAGAUAAAAAGUAUCUUUUGGAUUGCACCUGAGCUCGAUACUCUGGUUGCAAUCAUUAAAGCUGAUAGGAAACGAAAGGAUCAAGACAAGACUGAAGAUAUUGCAUUUUUAUUAGGCCAAUUAGGAGAUAGAAAAACUAGAAUAGGUGGAAUCGAUACAAGGUACUUUUACUCUGUAAACAGGAGUUUAUCCAAAAUUAAAAGGAAAUCAAAUUUGCAUGAAACCAUGUCAGAGAGUGAAUUCAGCUCAAAUGGAUCGGAGAAAGAUGAAGGUAAUGAUGAUUUUUCAUACCCAGAUCCAGAGUUAAAGAAAAAAGUCAAAAAAACUAAUACUGUUAUGCUUCCAAAAGAUAUUCUCAAGAGAACUACUGAUACUGCUGUUGGGGAAGGAAUAAGUCAUAGGCAGCAUGCUUCCAUGAUUAAUAGUAUAAUCGCUAAAUCAGGUGGAAAUGUAUCUGAAUUUAAAUCUUCAACCUCUACAGCAUUACGCGCUGCAGAUAAGGUCAUUCAUGAUGAAUCAAAGAGGAUCAAGGAUGAUUUAAGAAGUUUAAGAAAAAUCAUUAAGAACAUUUUAGUUCAACUCCAUUUUGAUGGAAAAGUAUGUCAUGAAUAUACUGAUGGGAAAAAAUUGGAACAAAAUCGAUUAGCAAUAUUAAUAAACGCUAACAAGGAAACGCACCUGUUGGGAAUUCAACCCAUUUCUUCUGGAACUGGCGAAAAUCAAAAAAAUGCAAUCAGAGAUAUCUUAAAUAGAUUUAACCUUACAGACAAUAUACAAGCUGUAACAUUUGAUACUAGCAGAAUCAACGCUGGAAAAAAAAAUGGAGCUGUAUCUUUACUGGUAAAUGAAGUCUUUCAAUGAACAGUUCUAUCUAUUGCAUGCCGACAUCAUGUCAAUGAGCUACACAUAACACAUUUCUGGAAAAAUUAUCAAAGUAGCAUUACUUCUGGACCAGAUAAUCUGCUGUUUAAAACUUUAAUAUCAGCAUGGAAUGAUCUUGACGCAGACA